UGCUGCCAGUCAGGGCAGGCAUUCUCAGGCAGAUGGACCAAAGGUCUGACUCGGCAGAAGGCAGCUUCCUAUGCUGUGGCAGGUCCCUCUUGUCCUUCCCGCGUUGCGGCAGGGAUGGGAUGGCUCACCUGGCGGAGAGGAAAUAAAUAACGCCCGGCAGCAGCCAUGACCAAAGACGACUCAGCAGAGCUCCCUUCCGAAGAGGACCACCAGCCCCUGGAAUGCCAGAGCCCUGUCCUGGAGAGGAGGAAGAAGCCCAUGGUCCAUCCCUCUGCCCCAGCCCCACUCCCCAAAGAUUAUGCUUUCACUUUUUUUGACCCAAAUGACCCGGCGUGUCAAGAAAUCCUGUACGACCCCAUCACCACAGUUCCGGAAUUGUUUGCGAUCAUUCGCCAGUGGGUGCCCCAGGUACAACACAAGAUUGACAUCAUUGGCACUGAGAUCUUGAAGCGUGGCUGUCAUGUUAAUGACCGGGAUGGCUUGACGGACAUGACGCUGCUUCAUUAUGCUUGCAAAGCCGGUGCACACGGCGUUGGUGACCCUGCUGCUGCUGUGCGUCUCUCUAACCAGCUGCUGACUUUGGGCGCAGACGUGACUCUUCGCAGCCGCUGGACUAACAUGAAUGCCCUCCAUUACGCCGCCUACUUUGACGUCCCAGAACUCAUCCGCAUCCUUCUGAAGGCUUCUAAGCCAAAAGUCCUCAACUCAACGUGUAGUGAUUUCAACCACGGAACAGCCCUACACAUUGCUGCUUCGAACCUCUGUCUGGGGGCCGUGAAAUGUCUCCUGGAACAUGGAGCCAACCCUGCUGUCCGGAACAGCAAAGGUCAGGUCCCGGCUGACGUCGUGCCUGACCCGAUGGACAUGACCCUGGACAAAGCGGAGGCUGCCAUGAUAGCCAAGGAGCUGAAGCAGCUGCUGCAGGACGCCGUGCCGCUCAGCUGCAACCUGCCCAAGGUCACCCUGCUCAACUACGACAACAUCCCCGGCAACCUCAUGCUCAUCUCCCUGGGCCUCAAGCUCGGCGACCGGGUCAUGGUGGAUGGGCAGAAGGUGGGCACCUUGCGUUUCUGCGGCACCACAGAAUUUGCCAGUGGCCAGUGGGUCGGCGUGGAGCUGGAUGAGCCGGAUGGCAAGAACGACGGCAGCGUGGGAGGCAUCCGCUACUUUAUCUGCCCUCCAAAGCACGGUGUGUUUGCUUCUGUGUCCAAGAUUGCCAAAGCUGCUGACCAGACUCCUUCCUCUGUGACCUCCACCCCCCGGACUCCUCGCAUGGACUUCUCCCGCAUGACUGCCAAGGGCCGCAAGGAGAAGGACAAGGAGAAGAAAGCUCUCAGGAAGAAGUCCUUGUCUGUUGGUAGCCUGGACCGCGAAGGGUUGAAGAUUGAGAUUGGGGACCAGGUUCUGGUGGCUGGUCAGAAACAAGGUGUCAUCCGCUUCUAUGGGAAGACAGAUUUUGCACCAGGCUACUGGUUUGGGAUCGAGCUGGACAAGCCUACAGGAAAACAUGAUGGAUCUGUCUUUGGCGUUCGCUAUUUCACAUGCCCCCCUAAACAUGGGGUCUUUGCUCCUCCUUCCAGAGUCCAGAGAAUUGGAGGCCCCAAGGACUCCCAGGGCGAUGGCAGUUCAGCAAAGAAAGUUCACCAAGUCACUAUUUCACAGCCAAAGCGCAACUUCUCGGCAGUCAGAACCCCAAAAGACAUCACGUCGGAAAACUCCAUCUCUAGGUUACUUUUCUGCUGCUGGUUCCCCUGGAUGCUCCGUGCAGAAAUGCAGUCGUAAACCCCCCCUCGUACCCUCUUCCUCCUCUUCCUCUGCUGUUUCUUCGCUCUCCAAGUAAUCAAAGACUGCUCUUCAGUUCUUUUUCUCAUCUCUCCUUCCCCAAUUGCCGUUCUAGUGAACCCCAGUGCCUUGUUACAACAUAUUAUGAACACCAUCCCUCUGGUAGUUUGUGAGAAACGCUAUGCUUAUACUUUCUGUUUCCCGUUUCCUGGCACAUACACGCGUGGAAUUUUGCCUAAACAUGUCCCUUCUGUUUGAGCUGAUUAUCGACUAAAACUCAUAGAUUAUUUAACUGAGAUGUGUUUGACUGGGCCACAGCCCUCGUAGUAGCAAUGGUUAGGAGACAAGUCUGUAAUAUUUUGCUCUGGUGUGUUUAGAAGAGAAUCCAGGCUCACAGAAUUCAUUACUAUUUUUGACAAAUCACAUGUACAGACUCUUGGUUUAUGGCCCUAGAAUAGGGGUUUUCAACCUUGAAUCCCACUGAUGUUGUUGGACUAUAACUCCCAUCAUUCCCUUUGGCCAUUGUGGCUGGGGAUGAUGGGAGUUGUAGUCCAAUAAAAUCAGGGGACCCAAGGUUGAAUACCCCGACCAUAGAAAACUAAUCCCAUUGCUCCAAGAUGAGAUUAGGAUCCUCUGCCCCCUGCGCUUCUUUGGACACCCUCCUUUCCUUAUUUUAGCUGCCUCCUGGAAAUGCCACCCUAGCCAGCCCGCUAAAGUCACUUCAGAUGCGCUCUCUGUCCCCAGCUCUUUCUGUUACUAAAACAGGAGCAGGAGUAAUUCUACAGUGUCCAAGACAUCCUUUUGCACUUGACAGGUACUGUUUCAGCAAACCGAGUUGCCAGUCCAGUUAGAGUUUUUCUUGCUGAUUUAUUUAAAGCGGGGGUAGGGAGGACAUUAUCCGUGGGAUACAGAUGCAAGAAGACAUCUUAGCAGCUGUGCUUGGUGUACAGAUGUGCAAGUUACCAUGCAGGGAGUUAACCACCUAGUAUCAGGCUUUGAUGCUGUGUAGAGUAAGUGUGUGUGUGUGUGUGUGUGUGUGUGUGUGUGUGUGUGUGUGUGUGUGUCAGAUCUAUAUUCCCAGAAGUCACUUUGGGGAUAACAUAACUGACUUUUAUUCUACUCUAGCUUUGAUCAGCUGUAGUGUGUUCAGUUGUCAUUCAUCUUGAUUGUGGUUUCAGACACACACAAUUUCCUCAGCAUUUCCCAUCUCGGCUCCCUCGAAGCGCUUCAUUAAAGUCACGGGGUAACAAAAAAGCUCAAAUGGGGCAGAACUUGCCACCUGGACUUCCCAGAUGCACCUGCCGGCCACUACGUGAAAGCAGGAUGCUGGUCUAAAGAGGCCUUUGGCCUGAUCCAGCAGGGCUUAUUCUUAUGUUCCCCAAUGCCAGCACGACUCCAGGAGGGUAGAGCAGGGCUUAGGACUGAUGCUGAAGUGAGCUUGAAAGGGGAAAUCCACCACCAUGAAAUGUCAAUUCCAAUUUUGUUUUGCAAAACAUUUUGGUGGUGGACUCUCUGCAUCAGCUCUCAAGACUUGACACUAAAAUCUGAGUGUUACUGGGAGUAGGGUGGGUCCUGGGUUUUCAAAGACUUUGGAUUGAAACUGGCUGACCUCUGAAUUCAGAAAGAGUGUGCAGUGUGGGAAUGUGUGUGCACCCAACAUCAUUCCAGACUGAGCUAGGAUUCUCGGACUUUCUUCCAACUCAGAAGAGAUGUGAAGAGCAGAGACUCCUCUCUUUCUCUUCCCAGCUCCAAAUGGCCCUGAGGAAAGGGCUGCCCUUCCCUUCCCUCUGCCUCUGCCUCUAUCUGUGCUCCCUUUUCCUUCCUCACCACACCUGCAGUUUGGGGGCUGCGAGGAGCAAUGCCGAAAACUGGCCACAGAGGAUACUAGGAUUGCCCCUUCAGGGAAGGGAUGGGCAACCUUGGCUCUCCAACUGUGGCUGAACUUCAACUCCCAUCAUCCUAGUCACAAUGUGUUGCUGCUGGGGAUGACGGAAGAUGUAGUUCAACAACCGCUGGAGAGCCAAGGUUGCCCUGCUUUGGGGGGGUCUCUGCCCUUAACAUCUGCACCAUUUGCAGAGCUCCAGUUGAGGCAGAUCUUUCCGGCAAGAAUGCCACAUUGGUCCUGCAGCAACCAGAGGCACAAAGAUUACGCUAACACAAGCGGCAAGGGCAGCAGAUUAUCCAUUCUGAGCAGCGAGCCAAGAGAAGCCCAUUGAGCGCAUAGCAGGGAAAGUCCAAAACUGGCGAAAUGUCCAGGGCCUUGGGGGGAAAGGGGGAUGCAUCCGUUACUGAAUCUUGUAACCUGUUCCUCCGACUCCUCCAGCCUCCUCUGCUCAAUAUCCCCCGUACUCUCUCUGCUGUUGUGUUUUUGGGAUGCCAACAUUAUUUCCGUAAACCACCCUGAGGACACUGUUGAAGGGUGGUGUGGAUUUUUUAAAAUUCACGAUCAGAUUGUCCUUCCCUUGUGCCAGCAUCUCCUGUCAUCAGUCAACCGUCACCGCAUACGUCCCCAUUUCUUCGUGGCUCUGUUGUUAACCUUGUAGGAAGUUCUCUGCCCUCUUUCAUGGACUAGCAAUAAAUAAACCUUUCUGUUGAUUUCCGCUUCACAUGGGCCACCGUGGGAAGAUGCAUUGGGUCCCUCCCCUGCCCCCUUUCAAAACCUGGGCUCACCCCUGCCCUAGACUUCUCAGCUGGGCUUUCCCCCACAUGCUGCCAGAUACCACUUAGCACUGAAACGCCAAACUCCACAGCAGCCCUUUGUGGUGGCUUUCCCUAAGAUUUCUUCCCUUUUUUCUUUUUUUGUGGUGGAAAUCACACUGGGUUGCACUCUUCUGCCUACAUAUAUAUUCUUUUAUUUUUUUAAGACAAUAACUUUGUAAACUGUUGAGUGAGUGGCUUGCCCCUCUGCUGAGCUCUCUGUUGACACUUGCAUGAUUUAUGUCUCCCCCAAACCCCCAUCCAUCCAGGCCCACUGGAAGAAAAGAGGGGGGGAAAUGUAGCAUGAAAAAAAUAUCACUAUGCUAUUGCUUAUCUGUUAUUAACAAAUUAAUAAAAAGUGUUUCUAUGUG